UUUGCUACUCAAGUCUUAAGGUUCCAGUAGUGUACCAUGUUGUCCAUGUAUAGAAAUAUUCCAUUGUUACGGCUCUUUGUUGCUUCAAUGUCCCGUGAUUUUGGCAUAAUUUCAAAAUCAAUAUCAUUUUAAAAUGUACAGUAGAUUGAUAUCUAAUGUCUGGGGUAAAAUUCUUGAUCGUAUAUAUUUAAAAAAUUCAUAUUUCAUUAGUCAUCAAUUAUAAUUUUACUAGGUUUUUGUAAGUGUUGCGAUUUUUAUGAAACGGAUAGAGUAUUACAUCGAUGACCAUUUACCAAAAAGUCGAAAUCGUAACUUACCUCUUUCUCUCCGGGUUUCCCAUUGAAGCGCACUGAACGUUCUCCAUUAGAGCAACUUGUGAUCUUUGGAUCUUGCAUUGAAGCAGCUUCUGAGGCAUUGCACAAACAUAAUGGUUGUUGCUUUGAUUUUUCGAAUAGAAUGAAGGCGAAAAGAGUGAGGUUCAAGGACUCUGAAAUUGAACCAGUUGAUUAUGCAAGCAGUAGAUUUGAUGCUUGUUCUACACCAUGUGAACUGAGAGAAGACCUGACAAUGCCACCUGCAGCUUCAAAUGAACCAAAAACCUCCGAGUUUGCCUUUUUUAAGAGAUUAAAGCAAACUGUCGGCCACUCUUCCUGUCAAAAUACACUGAACAGACACAAGAUGCCCGUGAGGAAUAGUGGACCGACCAACCACGCUAGAGAGUUGGAUAAAUCAAAACGUAAGGAUGUCAAAUCUUCACAACACAUUAAGAAGUCUACGAGUGGUGAAAUUAAUUCCUUCCUCUCUCAUAGAGAUGCUUCUGUGGAAAGUUCAGCUAUGCCCAGGAAGGAUCAUGAUAAUGAGGGAUUCAAGUGUUCAUCUCUUAUCAAUACACCCACUAAUAUCAAUUUAGAUUCCUUCCUUUCCACAACUGCAAAUGCCUCUGUGAACCCAGAAAACCAGCAGCAAGAUGGAGAUAUAUUUUCGUCCAAGAGGCUGAAGUUACGGCAACAGAUUGCCAAGACCUUAUUUCCUGAAACAUAUGAAGUCCCAAAGGAUUGUGAUAUGGUUUAUCUGCUCCUGAGCCGAUUGCUCCCUGAGAAUUCGCAAGAUAUUCUGUCACAAGAUCCACAACAAAGGCUACAAGAAACUAAUGAGAUAAGUCUGUUGGAUCUUGACUCAAAUAUUCUACUUGAGGGGGCUUCAGAUACUUCAAGAAAGCUUGUGAAGGCCUCCGAGGAUCGCUUCUUAGAUAGCCGUGUCUCUGCUUCUCAGUCCCACAGAAUCUGGGGAUCAAAUCCUGUUGAUCAAAUAGAUGAAUACCUUGAUGCCUCUGCAGCUAGAAACUCUAAUAGAAUGCUUCUUGAGCACAAAGUAGAGAAUGAGUGGCGAAGCUCUCUAAAUGCUAUUGCUUCUGGGUGUUUGUCGAACAGAUUUGGAGAUGGAAAUCUUUUGAUAUGGGAUGAUGAACUUCAUGAUUAUUCUACACCGAGAAGCACUAUCCAUAAAGAGAAUGAAACAUAUAAGCAUUUCUCAUAUGAUGCGUAUGACUGUAGUCAGUUAUGCAGAUUUAGAGACCAGAAUCAUUCAUAUGAGCUUCUCAAUGGAAAGUAUGACUCCAUUGCAGCUCCUAAAAGCAGUGGUAGUCUAAUGUAUGAACAUGAGAUACAUGACUUUAAUUUGGAUAGAGGAGCACAUCCUACUUCAAAUUGUCAAUAUGAUUCUCAUUCUCUUGGCUCUUUUAAAAGUUCCAGACCUUUUGUGCUGAGAAAUUUCAUGGAUUGCACUGAACCUAAUUAUCUGAGUGACUUUGAGAUUAGAAGAGAACCCCAGCCUCUUUUACUUGGUUGGGAUACUAAUGAAUUGGGUAUGCGUAACUCGACCCAUAAUAGUCAUAUGGAGCUUGAAAUAUACUAUCCUCCGUUAUCUACAUACAGUGAAGAUCGUCAGGAUAGUCCAGAACAUGAAAUAUGUUGCGAUCCAUCAACUACACGGAGUAAAGACCAUUGUGAUAGUCUGGAAAACAGUACUUUGUUGCAUUGGUCUCCCCACACAUGUCAAGAACAUGAUCUUCAGGGACAUCAUUUCCGGCAAAGAGAUUUAAUUCCAAGCUCACCAUAUGUCCCAUUUAGACUAUCAUACGGUCCAGAACAAUUGAAUGCAGAUGAUUCUGGUCUCUUUAAGAGUCUCUCAAAAGAUGGCAGUUUCUUUUUCAUCCCUCAGAGGAGUAAUUACUCAAUGGAAAACAUGAUUUCUGAAAGGAAUUAUCCUGGUUUAGAAGCUUUUCCUAUCUCUCAAGACUUUGAAUCUGAUGCGGAGUUAAAAUGCAAGUCACUAACUGGUAUUCUGAAGGAGCAAUAUGAGUAUACUGAUAAUGCACUUGAGCAUUUCGGACGGGGAUAUGUAAGCUCACCGUUACUCAUUGCCAGUGAGAACAGCCUCGCUACUAUACAGCCAGAAAGCCGGUCCUUGGCUCGUGUGCAUGUGCCUAUUGAAUGUCAGGAAGAUUCAUUUCCUUUGCAGUUGCAUACACUAGGAUGGAAGUAACAGAAGUUGCUACUUACAGUGAGGACAGGGGAACUACUACUUGUAAUAAACUCUUCUGGUGAUUUCUUAACUCAACUAAUAUCUUUUUUGGUUUCACUGCUGUAAUGUACAUAUCUUUUUCCUUUGUGAUUACGCACGUUUUUGAAAGAAAUACCAAUGUGUUGUGGCUUAAUUAGUUAAAAACUUCUGGCUCUGUA